AGGGUGGAGAAAGAGAGAAUAUUUGACUGGGUUGUUUCGCGAAAUUGGCAGCUUUAGUCACUUCCCUUCCCUUUCCUUUCUUUUGCGUCUAUAUCUUCUGCCUUUCCCUCCGCUUCUUCUUGCCUACCAAUUCUGACCUUUCUCUUCUUCUUCUUCCUUUGAUCAAGGUUUCUCAUCCUCCUUCUCACAUCGACCUCUUCUCCGAUCGUCAUGUCGUUCAGAGGCCUCCGACGGCAAAACACUUUAUCUGCAAUGGGUGUGAAUGAACACACCAAGAAGACAUUUUCUGAACUACAGAGAAAGAAAAUGUAUAGAUAUGUGAUCUUUAAGGUUGAUGAAAAGAAAAGGGAGGUGGUGGUUGACAAGAUUGGCAAUCCUGCUGAGAGCUAUGAAGAUUUCACUGCUGCUCUGCCCGACAACGAUUGCCGCUAUGCUGUUUAUGAUUUUGAUUUUGUGACAUCUGACAACUGUCAGAAGAGCAAGAUUUUCUUCAUUGCCUGGUCUCCAGCGAGCUCUCGAAUCCGUGCCAAGAUGCUCUAUGCAACAUCUAAAGACAACUUUCGACAUGAGCUGGAUGGCAUUCACUAUGAGAUCCAAGCUACUGACCCUGCAGAGAUGGACCUGGAAGUGAUUAGAGACCGUGCUCAAUGAACAGUCUCCGUUUAAUUUGUUUAAUUUGUUCUCUCUAAGGGGUAAACCAGCUAGUAUUUUGAAUACUUAUGAACUGGUUUAGCUUCGAUAUGUGUAAAACCGAACGCUGGCGAAUGAAAACGUUGGACAAAGCGUAAAAUAAACUAACAUCUGCAGAAUGCUGAUAUAUGGUGGAUCGACAUGUUGUUGUGGUUGCUAUCACUGCUUCUCAGGUGAAGACAAGUUUGCUAUAGAAAAUGUUUAGAAUUUAUCAAACCUAUUAUCAUUGGAAAUUUGUUCUCUGGUGGAUCUAAUUCACUCUCUCUUCUGUGCCUCCUUUUAUGAUGUGAAAUGAAGAACACAAUGCCGCAUGGAUCAU